UUCGGGAGGGACUUACAGCCUUGAUGCAGCCGAGUACUGUGAAUGGUGUCCUGCUGGUUACUUCUGCCCUUCAACAAGACUGUCUGAACCUAUCAUGUGUGGAGAAGGUCAGUACUCCUUCAACGGCAGCUCCUCCUGUCUCCAAUGUCCCGUGGGUCACAAGUGCCCAUCCAUCUACCAAGACCCUGUCCUGUGCGAGGAAGGGUACUACUCCAGCGGGGAGGGGCAGACAGAAUGCCAGGAGUGCCCAGCGGGGUACGCCUGUCCGGAUCGUAACAGCACCCAGGCCUGUACGCCUGGCUACAUCAGCAAGCUAGGAGAUGGCAGCUGUAGCGCUUGUGACCAGGGAUAUUACAGUGAGGAGGCAGCAUCCACCUGCCUGCCCUGCCCAGAGGGGUCCUCCUGCACCGACCCCUCCCAGGACCCCACCACCUGCUCCAAGGGCUACAUCGCACCCCUAGGAUCCGACAACUGCACCCGCUGCGCCUACAACGAGAUCACCAACACCGCCCAGACGGACUGCGUGCCUUGCCCAGCCGGUCAGGAGUGCUCCGACCCCACCCUUGACCCGGUUGAUUGCGCCGGAGGGGAGUACGCACUGUUGGGGGAUGGGGUGUGCCAGGGUUGUCCGGCUGGUAGCAGGUGCCCGUCAGCUAGCACCAUCGAGGACUGCCCAGCAGGAACCUAUUCGAGUGGGAGUGCAACCGAUUGUUCGCCGUGCCCUGCAGGUCACAGCUGUACAAGCUCUUCUACAUCUCAGUGCGGAAGUGGAGACUACAGCCCUAUUGGAGAUGUCAACUGCUACAGCUGUUCAGCGGGUUUCUACUGCACUCCGCUUGCUGGCUCCCAGACGUCUUGCCCCGAUGGCUACUACUCUGGGGUUAAUGCAACCUCGUGCACGGAAUGCCCGCCGGGCUACCAGUGCACUUCAACGGUCGCCCAGGAAUGCGCAGCGGGAUACUACUCUCUAGGACAGGCCAGCGCCUGUUCGCCUUGCCCUAAAGGAUACCAAUGCAAUGUAACCAAUGCAGCCCCUGUAGCCUGUACCAAUGGAUGGUACGCUGAUGCCUCUCUUCAGACCUACUGUCUCCAGUGUGAUGCAGGCUACUACUGUGCCAGUGAUGGAACUCAAGCCCCUCAGCCAUGCGCCAGCGGUCAGUACAGUCAGGCCGGGAGCACCAGAUGUACAGACUGCCCUCCUGGGUACGCAUGUCCUGACAAGGCCUUAGAGGACAUGGAAGCCUGUGAGCCAGGAUGGUAUGCUACCGGGAUGGCCACCGAGUGCACACCAUGUACCGCAGGGAAAUACUGCACUAAUACUAGAACCAACUCAGAGAUUGACUGCGACCCAGGGACCUACUCCUACACCAACGCUAGUGUCUGCAUCACCUGUGAGGCUGGGUACGAAUGCCCCAACACUGAUCACUCCGACACCAGAGAGUGUAUGGAGGGGGAGUAUAGUACCAGUGGCAGCGUGGCGUGUCUGAUCUGCCCACCAGGAUACGCUUGUCCAGAUCCGACCCUAGACUACCAGGUUCCCUGCCAGCCUGGACUCUACUCCAUCGGUCAGCAAGCUUCGUGUACAGAGUGUCCCGCAGGAUCGUUUUGUCCUGUGACCUUUGAAGCCUUGAAGGUUCCUUGCGACGCUGGUUACUACUCACUGGGCAACACCUCGGUCUGUACAGCCUGCCCUCUAGGUUAUUAUUGCCCUAGCAAAACAGAAGCACCAAGUGAAGACGAGAAGUGUGAGCCUGGAACCUAUUCUGUCGGUGCCCAAGCCUCCUGCACCGACUGUACCCCUGGUUACUACUGCCCCUCAAUAUACAGCUCUGAGCAGCCUUGUCCUUCAGGGUUCUACAGCACCAUCAGACAGGAGAACUGUACCAUCUGUGAGGCAGGGUACCAGUGCUCAGAUAAAACAUCUCCCGUCAUCUGUCCGCCCGGGAAGUGGUCACCAGAGGGCUCCCUCUACUGUCGGGACUGCCAGGCCGGAUACACCUGCGAUGAGGGAGCGACGAGCUCAUCUCCAGAGGCUGAUCUGUGCGAGCCUGGUGGUUGGUGUGACGGAUUGGAUCGCUUUGAUUGUCCUCUAGGAUCGUACAACCCUAACAAUGGAUCUAAGACAGUGUCAGAGUGCAGACCCUGUCCUCCAGGGUUCUAUUGUGACACCAAGGGCUUAGAAGACUACGUGGAUAACAAAUGUCCAACCGGUCACUACUGCCCUGAGGGCACUACGUACGACACACGGUUUCCUUGUCCUGGCGGUACGUACAAUGACCUCUUGAACCAGACGUCGGAGCAGCUUGCCUGUAAGACCUGUCCAGCAGGUAACUACUGUCCCGAGGGAAGUUCGACCGCUGGGAUCGACUGUCCGGCCGGAUUCUACUGCCUGGCUGGACAGUACUCUGGCUUCCAGAACCCUUGUACAUUGGGAACCUAUGGCACGGACGUGGGCUACGAGAACUCAUCCCAGUGUAUCACCUGUCCCGCCGGUAACUACUGCCCCUACGGGAGCGCCAACUCGCCCACGACCUCGCCCGUCCCAUGCGACCCCGGCUCCUACAACCCAGACGAGGGUUCCGGUCACGCUUACAACUGUCGUCUUUGCGACCAGGGGAGGUCUUGCCCGGUGCCGGGAUUGACCAACAGCUCUCAUCCUUGUGCAGAAGGGUACUUCUGUCCAAACGGAACCAUCACUAACGAUCAGUACCCCUGCGCUCCUGGGUCAUACACAGGGUCAACCAGUUUGACCUCACCAGAUGAAUGCUCUGCAUGCUGGGAAGGCUACUACUGCAGCUGGGGCACAGGAGAGACGGUCAACCCACCGCAGCCCUGCAAGCCUGGCUACUACUGCCCACUCCAGACCCCGAGCCCUGACCGCUACCCUUGUCUGGCCGGAACGUUCUCCUCCUCGUCCAACCUAUCAAGAGCUGACCAGUGCACCCCCUGUACUCCUGGCUACUACUGCCUUGGAGGAGGAUCCACGGAAGACAAUAUUUGUCCACCAGGCUACUACUGUACUGAAGGGACAGAGUUUGCUGAGCAGCAUGGCUGUCCAAACGGAACGUACAACACAGAGUACCAGAGAGUCAACGUGUCACAGUGCAUGACCUGUCCACAAGGUUCUUACUGUGAGUACGGAGCAGUGAACCCGAUAGAGUGCCCUGCAGGUUCCUACAUGCCUUACGGCGUGGACGUCAACGAUACCCUCUACGGAUCACCGGCCAAAUACCAAGACAACUGCAUCGACUGCCCCGGUGGAUCCCGCUGCACUGCCAACACCGUCUAUCCGUAUGAUUGCGGUACCGGAGUCUUCUCCAAACCGGGGAAGAGCGUGUGUGAGACUUGCGAGGCGGGGUAUUAUUGCGACAACGUGACGACGUCGUACACGGAUAUGACGACGAACAAGAGAUGUCCGGCAGGGUUGUACUGCACGACGGGUCUGAAUGCGUUGGACGAAGCAGUGAACUGUAGCCUCAGUCACUACUGCCCUGAAGCCACACCCGAAGAGCUCAACUGCCCCGUUGGUACCUACAACCCCACUCUUGGUAUCGGUGCCAUCACCGACUGUACCCCUUGUGAUGCCGGAUCGUACUGCUUGGAGGGUAUCUCUACGCCCACAGCAGAGUGUGAUGAAGGUUUCUACUGCCCUACAAACAUAGCCAAUGUAUAUGCCGUGUCACCAGCACUUAUCGGAUCCUAUGGUCCACAACAGCUUCCUUGUCCUUCAGGCACCUACCGAGACACGAAAGGAGCCGGCAUCCUGGAGGACUGCAUCCCAUGCCCGGCAGGUGAAUACUGCCCUCAAGGUAUCGCUAAUGGUAUCAUCUGCCCUCGGGGGUACUACUGCCCUGACAACUCAACAGUGCCUGUACCUUGUGCUGUUGGUCGCUAUGGAAACGACACUGGUGGUAAAGCAUUGACCGACUGUCCACUUUGUGACCCUGGUUGGUACUGCGAUGCCCCUGGUCUUCAGACACCCAGGGCCCAGUGUGACCCAGGUUAUCUGUGCUACGAAGGGGCGUAUACUUCCACCCCUACGGAUGGACUUACAGGAGAGCUGUGCCCAGCAGGAGGGUUCUGCGUGACAGGAUCGUUCUUGAGUGCCCCCUGUCCUCCAGGAACCUACAGUAAUGUAUCAGGUGCUGUGGAUGCACAGGGAUGUGAGGAUUGUGAUCCAGGGUACUACUGCAGCAAUGCUAGAACACCAGAACCCACUGGACCAUGCAGUGCUGGUUACUACUGUACUGGAGGGUCAAGCACACCGAACCAAACGGUCACCCAGCCGGGCUACUACUCUCCGGUCGGCUCCACCCAGCCGUUCCCCUGCUCUCAAGGAACCUACAUGCCCUUUGACCGGGCGGGAGAAUGCUUGACCUGCGAGGCAGGGUAUUACUGUGAAGAGGAAGCGAUGACCAAUAUGACCACUUGUCCGGCAGGCUCCUACUGCCCAGAGGGGUCUAUCAUCUACUCCUUGUGCACCACUGGAACAUACUCUAACCUGACCUACCAGGUACACAUAGACAACUGCACCAUAUGCCCUGUGGGUUACUACUGCAGUGAUAACGGUGACAUCCAACCCACAGGGAAGUGUGCUGCGGGCCAUAUCUGUUACCUCGGAGGUCUCUACGCUACACCCGUCUUCAACAAUGACUCUACAGAUGGUCAAAUCAUUGUGACAUGGGGGGACCAGUGUCAAACGGGCCACUUCUGUCCCCUUGGAACUACGCUCAUGGAAGAAUGUCCUCCAGGGACGUACCUGAACUACAGAGGGGCAGAGUCGGAGGAUGAAUGUGUGUCUUGUAAUCCUGGGAAGUACUGCAAGACAGCCGGUCAAUCAGCAGAAACAGGUAAUGUGGCUUAUCUUCUUUGCGAUUGUUAUCCUGGUCACUAUUGCCUCGGUGGGGCUAUACGAGGUAACCCUUUCGACAACGUAACCGGUCAGGUCUGUCCGGAGCGCUAUUACUGUCCGGAAGGAUCCUCUACUCCUAUAGUUUGUGAGGAAGGGACGUACGCCAACACGACCGGUCUGGCGGUGUGCAUCAACUGCCCUGCAGGAAUGUACUGCGUGCCGGACAACGACCCUGUCCCGUGCCCUCAAGGUUAUUACUGUUUGGGUGAAGACGAUUCUGGGAACGAUCCAAGAGCCUGCCUGAAGGGCUACUUCGGCAACCGAGAGGGACUGAUAGCGGAAUCAGAAUGCACGGAAUGCUUGGCAGGGCACUACUGUGAGGUUGAUGGUCUAGCCAACGUGACUGGUCCCACCGCUGCUGGCUUCUACUCCAAGCAGCUUGCCUACCAAGCCGGUCCCUUUGAUAUCACCACCAGUACAGACUACAGUGUAUGUCCGGUGGGCUACUACUGCCCUGAGGGAAGCGGCUUCGCUACACCUUGUCCUAAGGGAAGAUUUGGAUCAACCACACAGCUAGAGGCAGAGACAGACUGUACUCUCUGUACAGCUGGUGAAUACUGUCCUAACACCACGAUGACGGUCACGGCAGGACAGUGUGCACCAGGGUGGUACUGCUACGAAGGAUCUACUAAGAGUAUGCCUACCGAUCCAUUGGAAGGAGGUGAAUGCCCCACUGGUCACUUCUGCGUCGCUGGAUCGGAUGCACCAGCACCCUGCAUCGCUGGUCGGUACAACAACGAGACGGGCCGCUUCAACUGCCGAAGCUGUCCCAUCGGGUUCUACUGUACCCAGAACACGACCGUACCGGAGGAGUGUAACCCUGGGUACUACUGCCCUCUAGAGACGGCGACGUGGGAUGAGCAUCCAUGCGCUGAAGGGACGUUUAAUAACCUGACCGGGAGAUCGGAGGAGAGUGACUGCAUCCUUUGUCUUCCAGGCACGUACUGUGAGAUCCCUGGCCUCUCUGCCCCCACUGCCGAAUGCGACGAGGGGUGGUACUGUAUCAACGGCUCCCAGUUCUCCCAACCGACCGACGUCUCCCAGGGAGGGCGCUGCCCGGUCGGUCACUACUGCCCUCAGGGUUCCGUCUACCCGACCUCCUGUCUCCCCGGCAUGUACUGUGACGUGGUGGAGCUACCCUACCCAGCUGGGAACUGCAGCGCGGGGCAUUACUGUACAGGAGGCGCAGAGACGGCAAGCCCAGAGGCAGUUUCCUCAGGUGAUAUUUGUCCGAGUGGUCAUUAUUGUCCCGAGGGAAGCUCAGAAGCGCAGGAAUGUCCACCAGGAGCGUUCCUCAAUACGACACAAAAUGAAGCCCUGUCAGACUGCCUGGACUGCCCUGCUGGCAUGUACUGCUCUGGCUAUGCAAACAGCCACCCAACGGCCGAGUGUGAGGCAGGCUACUUCUGCCCAUCCGGUCAGAACAUCUCCACGCCUUACGAGUACCGCUGCCCCCAGGGCCACUACUGUCCUGUCGGUAGCCCGGAGGCGAUCCGUUGCGCCUCUGGAACGUACCAGGACGAGGAGGUGCAGGAUGGGUGCAAGACAUGCCCUGAUGGCUUCUACUGUGAUAACCGUCUGGAACCGGUGGUCCUCUACCAGAAUUCUACUUGCCCUGAAGGAUCGUACUGCCCGGCUGGUACGCGCUAUCACAAUGAGUUCAAGUGCCCUCUGGGUACCUUCAGCAACGUGACUGGUCUAAACAUGAGUUCUCAGUGUAGUCCUUGUAUGGGAGGGUUCUAUUGUGGAGAGUUGGGUCUGACUGAAGCAACAACACCUUGUGCUGCGGGUCUGGUGGCUAAAGCACAGCUUCACUGUAUAAAGGUUCAAAACAACAUUUUGAAUAAUCCCUUCAUUUCCCUUUGCAGCUACUUCUGUCGACAGUACGCAGAGAUCAGUACGCCCAACCAGACCACCUACGCCAACGUGUGUCCCGCUGGUUCCUUCUGUCCCGAGGGAACCACUGAACCUGACCCCUGCCCUCCUGGCACCUACUCCGAUAUGCUGCAGAUGGAGAGUGAAGAUCAGUGUCAGAACUGCACCAAGGGUUGGCAUUGUCCGGUUAAUGGUCUGACCGAGCCGUUCGGUGAAUGCUACGAGAGUUACUACUGUCCUUCAGGAUCAUCUAGUCCAGACCAGGUGGCAUGUCCAGCCGGCUAUUACUGCAUGAAUGGAACCUUUGACCCCACACCAUGUCCUAAAGGUCGGUACUCCAAUGAUACAAUGAAGGCCUCGGCUACAGACUGUUAUCUGUGUUCAGGAGGGUUCUACUGCGAGACGGAGGGACUCACCGAGCCAACAGGAGAGUGUGGAGAAGGUUAUUUCUGUCCACCUGGAACCAUCCAUCGAGAGCCCAACACCACCUACUGUCCGAUCGGUCACUACUGUCCUGAGGGAGUGUCCGGCCCGAUACCCUGCGCCAACAAUACCUAUGUGAACUACACCCAUGCUGCGUCCUGCAACCCGUGUCCUGCUGGAUACCACUGCCAGGAUGUAGGUGUCCAAGAGAUCUGCCCUCUAGGAUACUACUGCCCCGAAGGAACAGGUUAUGACAUCAUGUCUUGCCCGCGUGGUACGUACAGUGAUCAGGAAGGUCUCUAUGAAGUCGCCCAGUGCUUGCCCUGUUCCGCCGGAUACUACUGUGACCAGGAGCACCUUGAUGCCCCCACCGCAGAGUGCGACCCAGGAUACUUCUGCGUGUAUGGCGUGGACCGUCUCCAGCCGGACGGGAACAACGACACGUGCCCCGCAUCAAGCAACGCAUCAUGCAUGUACUACGACGCCCAUCAGACCGGAUACGGGGGCGUGUGUCCUGUCGGACACUAUUGCCCUCAAGGAACCACCUUGCCGAUACCGUGUCUGAACGGGUCGUAUGCGGCUAGCCAGGGACUUGCAGAGUGCGUCACUUGUGAAGCAGGCUAUUACUGUCCUGAGGGAUCGUCCAGCUACGAGGUCAACCCAUGUCCAUCCGGUCACUACUGCCCACCGGGCACUCACUAUGGAGAGCAGUAUCAAUGCCUGGCAGGAACGUUCAACAAUCAAACCAUAAGCAAGAAUGAAUCUGCUUGUAUACCAUGUACAGCUGGCUACUACUGCCCCAGCCCUGCCAUGACAUGGCCCAUGGGUGAAUGUGAAGGGGGCUACUACUGCCCAGGGGGAGACGACGACCCCACGCCGUCCACCUACUGCACCAUGGGGUACUACUGCCCCCAGGGGUCGGUCUUACCCCUCCCCUGCCCCGGUGGCGAGUACUGCGCUGAGGACAUGAUGAGUAACACCUCGGGUCUCUGCGCCGCCGGAUACUACUGCUACUCUAAAGCAAUCACACCGAGGCCUAACGAUGGGAAUGUGACAGGUGAUGAGUGCCCUAUGGGUGCAUACUGUCCCAUGGGCAGUGACUCCCCAAUCCUCUGCGAUGCCGGCACAUUCCUUAACAGCACCCUCAAUGACAUGGAAUCUGACUGCUUAGACUGUAUACCCGGAUCAUACUGCGCGGGCAGUGGUAACGUGGUACCGACAGACGAGUGCUGGCCAGGGUACUACUGCCCAGCUGGACAGCGAGAGGCUACACCGGCCGAGUAUAACUGCACGCUAGGUCAUUAUUGCCAACGAGGGAGCCCUUCACCCAUCCGCUGCAUUUCUGGUGAAUACCAGGACGAGGUCGGCCAAUCAUCAUGCAAGGAUUGCCCUGCUGGUUUCUUCUGCGACAGCACCAUGGAACCUGUCGUGCUCUACAAUGACUCUUACUGUCCGCAAGGUUUCUACUGCCCUCUGAACACGGAGUAUGCUACACAGUAUCCCUGCCUUCGAGGAACCUUCAACAACCUGACUCACAAGACAGAGAUAGAUGAUUGCCAGCCAUGCUCUGGAGGCUACUACUGUGAUCAAGAAGGGCUCGAGGAACCGGUCGCUCCUUGUACAGCAGGAUUUUACUGUGAGACAGGAUCUAACUCCUCCACACCGACCUUCGAUGAUGACAACAACGAAUGUCCAGUCGGUCACUACUGUGUCCAAGGCUCAGCCCAGCCUCAGGCUUGUCCUUCAGGCACCUACAAUCCAUCGGUCAGACGUGAGGCGGUCAGCGAAUGUCUGAACUGCACUGGUGGACGCUACUGUCCGGACUACGGAAUGAACGCCACUGGACCUUGGUGUGGUGCUGGUUUCUACUGUGAGUCUGGCGCGGAUGUGGCUACCUUUAUGCAGUGCCCACCUGGAAGCUACUGCCCUGAGGGCUCUACUCUGCCUAGUCUUUGUGAUCCAGGCUCUUGGUCAGAUCAGCCAGGUCUCACUGCACAGGAUGAAUGCUUCAACUGCACAGCUGGUUUCUUCUGUCCCUCCAGCGGACAGACGGCAGCCACGGACGAAUGUUGGGGCGGGUGGUACUGCCCCAUCGGUCAGAGUCAGCCCAACCCUGCGGACUACCUGUGCCCCAUUGGAGUCCACUGCCCCAACGGCAGUGAUACCUACCUCUCGUGCCCCAGCGGGUCCUAUGCCAACUAUUCAGGAGCAUCGGAAUGCCAUGUUUGCCCUGAGGGGUACUACUGCACCCCUGUUGGUCCUGCCAACGCCUCCCUGAAUGCCCAGUCAUGCCCUCCAGGUUACUACUGUCCUGAAGGUACCGGUCUGGACUGGCAGCCAUGCCCUGCUGGUACCUACAGUGCAGCUGAGGGUCUGACAAGACAGGGAGAAUGUCUGCCCUGUGAUGGGGGUCAAUACUGCAUGGGAUCUCAUCUCACAGAACCUACAGGAAACUGCUCUGCAGGUUACUACUGUACGUCCAGCAUUGAUAGACCAGACCCAGGGGCAGACAACGAGACUUUAGUCAACUCAACAUGCGCUUGCCCUGAACAGACCUAUUACACUGGCGAAGGAGGAAUCUGUCCCAUCGGUCACUACUGUCCUGAGGGGUCAUCUCUGCCGAUCUCCUGUGAGGCCGGAACCUACAACAGCCUCACACAGCAGGCUGAGUGUAUGGUGUGUCCAGAGGGUUACUACUGCAUGGCCAAUGCUACAGAGUUCUUUAGUACAGAUUGUCUGCUAGGUCAAUACUGUCCGAACGGAACCACCCAUGCCUAUGAAUUCCGCUGCCCUCCUGGCACCUACCAGCCCCAGUACAAUGCAAAGUCUAUGGACGAGUGUCUGUCCUGCCCUGGUGGUCGCUACUGCGCCGGGUACGGUAACAGUAACUGGACGGGAGAGUGUGAUGAAGGAUGGUACUGCACCGAGAGCGCCUACACCCCGAAUGGGACUGAUAAUGGAGGAGAGUGUCAACCAGGAUUCUACUGUCCAAUGGGAUCUGAUGCCCCUGUCCCAUGCACGCCUGGCUACUACUGUGACAUCGCCAGCCUCCCCACGCCCACCGACAUGUGCGCCCCUGGAUUCUACUGCACCCUGGGUGCAACCACGCCCGAGCCCCUGGACGGAUCGACGGGUGACGAGUGCCCUGAAGGCUUCUAUUGCGGGGAGGGGUCGCCCUAUCCUCUGGCAUGCCCUCUAGGGACAUACAGCCCGUCCCUGAGGAACGAGAAUGUCACUGACUGUCUGGAUUGCACCCAUGGACAGUACUGCGGAGACCACAAUCUGACAGCGCCCUCAGGUAACUGCAGUCAAGGCUUCUACUGUACACCCGGUCAGAAUGUUGCAGAUGCAGCCCCUUGCCCUGUCGGCUUCUACUGCCCUGAGAUGACCUUUGACCCUAUCCUGUGUCCCAGCGGAACAUACCAGACCGAGGAAGGACAGUGGACGUGUGAUACAUGCCCAGCUGGAUACUACUGUGACAAUUCUAAUGGUGUUGUCACUGCAAACAUCACUUGCCCAGCCGGUUAUUACUGUCCGGCAGGUACCACCAGGGAUGAUGAGUUCCCUUGCCCCACGGGUACCUACGGCAAUGAGACAGGAUAUGCCUAUGAAUCACAGUGUACCGCUUGCACAGGUGGCUAUUACUGUGAGGAGGUAGGACUCACCUCACCUAGUGGUCCUUGCAAUGCUGGGUUUUACUGCAGGCAGUAUUCUAAUACCUCUACACCACAACUUGGAUACGAUGCUGAUGUCUGCCCAGCAGGUUUCUACUGCCCUGAAGGCACAGCCGAGCCAUACCAAUGCCCUGCAGGGACGUUCAGUAAUCAGAUGGGACUGCACAAUACUACUCAGUGUACGCAGUGUCUAGCUGGAUUCUACUGUGAGAGCGUCAACCUCACCGACACCGAAGGACUAUGUCAAGAGGGCUACUACUGCCCCCUAGGGUCAUCAUCACGCACCGAGAUGUCCUGCACCGAGGGUCACUAUUGCCCUGAGGGGUCAGCCACGCCCACUGGUUGCCCAGAGGGGACCUUUAACCCUUACCAAGUUCAGAUUGAGGAAGAUGACUGUACGCCUUGUACGCCAGGCAGCUACUGUGAGACACAAGGUCUUGUGGAACCAACUGGACCAUGUGAGCCAGGCUACUACUGCCCAGCCGGUCAGAACUCGUCCAGACCAUACGAGUACCCGUGUACGGUCAGUCACUACUGCCCUCUCAACUCCACCGAGCCGCUGCUGUGUGAGAACGGGACGUAUAUGAACCAGACCCAUGCUUCAGAAUGCUUCACUUGCCCGGCAGGAUCGUACUGCGUCCUAGGAGACCUCAUUGCCAUGUGUCCAGAGGGGUACUACUGCCCCUCUGGGACCGGUAUCAACUGGCAGCCGUGCCCCCGUGGGACCUAUAACAAUGAUACCGGUCUCUCUGAGGAGCUUGAGUGUAGGCAGUGCCCUGGUGGUUAUUACUGCGGGGAGAUCGCUCAGACUGAUUACCUUACACAGUGUGAUCCAGGGUUUUACUGUGAAUAUGGCGUAGACAGAGCCGAUCCUAAUGGCAAUAACAACUCUACCGUGGUGAAUGCAAGUUGUGCCGUCCUUGGUGAGCAUACCGGUAUCGGUGGCAUCUGCCCUGAAGGAUCAUACUGCCCUCUAGGUUCAAAUCAACCAAUCGAAUGCGAGGCUGGGUCGUACGCCAAUACUACGGGACUCGAAGCGUGUUGGGAUUGCCCUGCUGGCUACUACUGUCUUGAAGGUGCGGUCACCUACGAGGACACACCCUGUCCAGAGGGUCACUACUGCCCGAUCGGGACAGCUUCCAUUUAUGAGAACCCCUGCCCUGAUGGGACAUACUACAACACCACACAUGCCACGGAGAUGAGUGACUGCAUCGCCUGCCCGGGAGGGGACUACUGUGAGAUCGAUGGACUUGGGUACCCGACAGGACCGUGCUCUCCCGGAUGGUACUGCUCUGGCAACUCUUCAUCCUCCAUGACGAUGACCCACGGAGGAGAAUGCCAACCCGGUACCUUCUGUCCUGAGGCAUCCUACGCCCCCACACCCUGCACCCCCGGGACGUACUGCCAGACUCCUGGGCUUGAUGCACCUACAGGGAACUGCUCAGAAGGGUACUACUGUUCCCUCGGAGCUUCGGACCCCGCCCCUACGGACAACACCACCGGUGCCAUCUGCCCAGUGGGUCACUACUGCCCCGAGGGUAGCCCUGCCCCUAUCUCCUGCCCCACCGGCUACUACCUGAACUCUGAGGAGAACAAUGCCCUUGAGGACUGCUUGCCCUGUCCUCUGGGUGAGUUCUGUCCUGGUAUUGGAAGGGAGACCUCAGCAGGGGAUUGCGAUGCUGGCUUCUACUGCCCAGGUGGACAGAAUGUUUCUGCACCUGCAGAAUACGUCUGCCCUGAAGGCUACUUCUGUGAGGUAGGAAGCUUUGAGCCUCAGAUAUGCGAGAACGGAACCUUCCAGAACGAGAUUGGCCAGAGCUCCUGCAAGCAAUGUCCAGCUGGCUACUACUGCGACAACACCCUGGACCCAGUGGUCCUCAACAUCACCGGUCUUUGUCCAUCUGGUCACUACUGUCCAGCAGGAACGAGAUACGCGGUCGAGUUCCCUUGCCUGAUCGGAACGUUCAACAAUGAGACAGGUUUGACAGAGGAGAGUCUUUGUAGCCCGUGUCUGGGCGGGUACUACUGCCCCACCCCAGGAAUGGUCUACCCAGAGGACGAGUGUGAUGCAGGGUUCUUCUGCAAGCAGUAUGCCAACAUCUCAGCACCUGAUCAAGGUGACGAUGCCAACGAGUGCACCCCCGGCCACUACUGCCCCCAGGGAACCACAGACCCUGUUCCCUGCCCCAAGGGCUCCUUCAGCAAUGAGUACGGCUUACAGGCAGAGGGAGACUGUGAACUGUGCACACCAGGGCACUACUGCUCAGAGAUAGGACAGACCAACACGUCAGGAUUGUGCAAUGAAGGAUUCUACUGUGAGCUUGGGUCUUGGGAUGCCACCAAUGUCUCGUGCCCAGUGGGUCACUACUGCCCUCUAGGUUCACCAUCACCGGAGCCGUGCCCCCAGGGAACCUACACCAACACCAUGGAGAGAUGGAAUGUUAGCCAGUGCCAGGACUGUAAUGAGGGAUGGUACUGUAAUGAUACAGGUCUCUCUGCUCCGGUAGGCGAGUGUGACGCAGGUUUCUACUGCCCACCGGGUCAGAGCGUACCAAACCCCACCGACUACCCCUGUAGCAUUGGGCUUCACUGCCCCGUUGGUAGUGCUCUACCGGUACCUUGCGCCCCUGGUACAUAUACCAACCUCACCCAGGCUCCUGAGUGCCUGGAGUGUCCUGCUGGGUUCUAUUGUGUACCGGAGGAGGUCAUUGAAGGAAAUUCCUCAGCUGGGUACAGCGAUUGCCCCCAGGGGUAUUACUGCCCCCCUGGAACCGGAGCUAACUGGACUGCUUGCCCACCAGGAACUUAUGGGGCAAGCAAAGGACUGGAAUAUGAGGAGGACUGCUCUGACUGCCCAGGUGGUCAAUACUGCGAUGGUGUCAACCUCACCCUCCCAUCUGGUCCAUGUGAGGAAGGAUAUUUCUGCACAUAUAAAGUGGAUAGGCCAACCCCAACAGCAUUCCCCAAUGACGGAUGUUCCUACGCAGGUAACCAUACAGGUUACGGGGGCGUCUGUCCGCUAGGUCACUACUGUCCCGAGGGGUCACCACGCCCUCUAGGGUGCGCAGAGGGAAUGUAUCAGGACGAGGAGGGCAAGGAGUCGUGCAAGGAGUGCCUUGCUGGGUACUACUGCCUCGCCAAUGCUACAACAUACGAGGAUACCAUAUGUCCGUCUGGCUACUACUGCCCACCCGGUACAACGUAUGACAUCAUGGAACCCUGCGUUGAAGGAACCUUCAACAAUCUCACCGGUGCCCACAAUGAUUCCUGGUGUACUGCGUGCCUACCUGGUAUGUACUGCGCUGGCCUUGGUAACCCUGAACCCACCGACCUCUGUGAUGAAGGCUGGUAUUGCAUCAGUGGUUCCUAUGAACCUCAGCCAUCUGACUCAGUUCUAGGAGGAGAGUGCCAGGCUGGUGAAUACUGCCCUCAAGGUGGAUCAUCUCCCAUGACCUGUGACCCUGGAUGGUACUGCCACACCUCUGGUCUGCCAGCACCCUACGCUAUGUGUUCAGCUGGUUACUACUGCACCAAUGGCUCUAUCACAGCUACUCCUACAGGAAGUGGAGGUGACCGAUGCAGUCCUGGCUACCACUGUGUUGAGGGUAGCUCAGUAGAGGAAGCAUGUCCCCCAGGCACCUACCAGCCGAGCCUCAUGGCACAGAACAUCACCUACUGUCUAGACUGUCUGGCUGGAAAGUACUGCAACGAGAGCGGUCUGUCUCAGCCUGAAGGAAACUGCACCAGAGGAUUCUACUGUCCCGGCGGUCAGACCAUCCCGACACCCAACGAGUAUCGCUGUCGCCGUGGUUACUACUGCGAGGAGAACUCCGCAGAGGAGCAGUCGUGUCAGGCCGGUACGUACCAGGAUGAACCCGAGCAGUGGGGAUGUAAUGACUGUCCUGCUGGCUUCUACUGUGAUGAUACCGAUGGACCUAUUGUUAACUACACGGCAUAUGUCUGCCCUGAAGGCCACUACUGCCCUGUAGCUACCAGAGCAGCCACGUACUACAAGUGUGCCAUCGGUACCUUCAACAACAUCACAGCUAUCUCCAACCAAUCAGAAUGCUCCGACUGCCUCGGAGGCUACUACUGCGGGGAGCCUGGGCUCACGUACCCUCGGACGCUCUGCGCGGCGGGAUACUACUGUCGUCGGGCGGCCCGCAUCGCGACACCGAACCAGGGUGACGAUGCGGACGAGUGUCCCGUCGGGCAUUACUGUCCUGAGGGAACCGAAGAACCGAUUGGAUGUCCACUGGGUACCUUCAGUAAUAACACAGGGUUGAUGAAUGUCACAGAAUGUGAAUACUGCACACCAGGCUCAUACUGUGACGUCACAGCAUUGACCGCCCCUGUUGACCUCUGCACGGCUGGCUUCUACUGUGUCCAAGGCUCAGACAACCAGGAACAGUUUAUCUGCCCUGCUGGACGCUACUGCCCCGAGGGCACUUCGGCCGCCUUCAAGUGCCCCUCCGGGACGUUCUCCAACGACACAAGGCUUGUGGAAGAGGCAGAGUGUCGUAACUGCACUGCAGGGUAUUACUGCCAACAGAUGGGACUGUCAGAGGAAGAAGCACUGUGCACUGCAGGAUACUACUGCCCAGAAGGGUCUUCCAUCCCUGCCCCCAUCGAGUGCCCCAUCGGUCUUCAUUGUCCUACCGGGUCAGCUGAACCUAAAGCCUGCGCAUCUGGCUCUUACACCAACCGAACCACUCAACGAUCAUGCCUGACCUGUCCUCAAGGAUUCUACUGUCUACCUGAGAAUGAGACAAUUGGUCAUCCUGAUCUAGAAGCCGGUUAUGCAGACUGCCCAGCUGGCUACUACUGUCCGGCUGGAACCGGUUUGGACUGGAUGGCCUGCCCAGCUGGAACCUACAGUGAUCAGACCAACCUCUACAUGAUCGAGCAGUGCGAAGACUGCCCCUCAGGGUACUACUGUCCUGACCAACACGCCACUAACGUCACCGACCUCUGCCACGAGGGCUACUGGUGCAGCUCCGGAGUGGACAGGGGUAACCCUCACACCCUCGGGACCAACGAGACCUACAACGAGACCUGCCCCCUGCUAGGAGGGUACACCGGGGUAGGAGGGGUGUGUCCCAGGGGGCACAGGUGUCCGGAGGGGGUGGGUGCACCCAUUGGAUGUGAGGAGGGGAUGUACCAGGAUAACGAGGGAGAGGGGGUAUGCAAGUAUUGCCCAGAAGGCUUCUUCUGCCCCGCCAAUUCCACCGACUACGAGUCCAACAUCUGUCCGGCAGGCUACUACUGUCCUGACAGCACUGAGCACGGUCAGCAGUUCCCCUGCUGGCCCGGAACGUUCAACAAUGCUACCGGUCAAACAUCCAACUCCUCGUGCUUGUCCUGCCUGGGAGGCAUGUACUGUAUGGGAUACCAUAAUGAGUGGCCUACUAGCAACUGCAGUGAUGGCUGGUACUGUACUUCUGGAGCUUUCGGUCCGAUGCCCAGUGACCCGUCCAUUGGUGGUCAGUGCCAGGCCGGUCAGUACUGUCCGGCUGGCUCUGAGCUACCUAUCGAUUGCGACCCAGGAAUGUACUGCCAACGGGCUGGACUUGCCCUGCCGCAGAUGGAAUGUCAUCCAGGCUCUUACUGCAUCAACGCAGCAUCUCGAGGUGACCCUACUGAUAACAUCACAGGCAAUGUCUGCCCUAUGGGUCACUUCUGCCCACAAGGCAGCUAUACUCCCACACCAUGUGACAUGGGAUACUAUCUAGACGCUGAAGGGCAGUCUCAACUGUCCAACUGCAAGAACUGCACUCCAGGUAUGUUCUGUGGUGAGCAAGGCCUGCCGUCUCCCAGUGGCGAGUGUGAACAGGGUUACUACUGUCCAGAAGGCCAGUCAGUGGCCAAUGCAUCCUCAUUCGCUUGCCCGGAAGGCUACUUCUGCGAGACCGGUAGUCCUGCCCCCGAGCCUUGCCCCUCCGGCACCUACCAAGACACCCCGGCCCAAUGGACCUGCAAGACGUGUCCAGAAGGAUUCUAUUGUAACGCCACGAUCGGGCCGGUGGUCUGGCACGGGUCCUACGUGUGUCCAAGUGGGUAUUACUGCCCGGAAGGCACAGAGUACGCAGAGCAGUAUCCUUGUCCCUUUGGCACCUUCAAUAACCUGACAAGCAUUGUAGCAGAAGACGAGUGUACACCUUGUACAGGAGGCUAUGCAUGCAACCAGAUCGGCCUGGCCUACCCACCCGUCAUGUGUGCUGCAGGCUACUACUGCAGGAAGGGAUCCAACAUCACUACUCCGACGUAUGAUGAGUUCAAUAACGAGUGUCCAGCAGGAUCCUACUGUCUGGAGGGAACGGAUAGCCCCAUAGCUUGCCCCGAAGGCUACUUCAGUCCUAACAUCAAACUCCAGUCUGAAGCAGAGUGCUUAAACUGCACUGAGGGAUACUACUGUAAUGAGACAGGCAUCAUAGAGGUCAGUGGUCCUUGCUCUCCGGGCUAUUACUGCGAGGAGGGCUCUACUACGCCCCACAGCCUCAUCUGCAUAGAGGGUCACUACUGUGGCCUUGCGACCUUCGACCCCACGCCGUGCCCCAACGGGACAUUCUUCAACGCCACCGGUAUAUCGACGGAAGAAGAAUGUUUCCACUGUUCGCCUGGCUACUACUGCAAUGGACUUGGUCUUACGGAGCCUACAGAUUCCUGUGCCCCAGGGUACUACUGCCCUCAAGGGUCGUCUUACGCCAAGGCCGUCAUCUGUCCCAUUGGAAUGCAAUGUCCUCUUGGUAGUGCUGAACCGCAGGACUGUGUUGCUGGAACUUACACCGAUAGCGAGGGACAGGCUGCAUGCCAAGUUUGUCCAGAAGGUUACUACUGUAUCCCAGAGCUUGUAGUAGAAGGUGAUGCUGGAAGCACCAGUUGGUCUUGUCCUCAGGGUUACUACUGUCCGAACGGCACUGGUCAUGACUGGCAGCCAUGUCCUGCAGGAACCUAUGGCAAGACAGCAGGACUCACCAACAUCCUGGAAUGCACACCUUGUGAUGCAGGUUCAUACUGCCAGGGGGUGAAUCUGACCUCUCCAACUGACCUCUGUAGCCAAGGUUACUACUGUGUCUCUGGAGCGGACAGACCCAAUCCUCUGUACCUCAAUGACAGCCAGUGUCCUACAGAUACUGUGCAUCCAAUCAUUGGCCAUGUCUGUCCAGAGGGGCACUUCUGUGUGGAAGGAUCAGACUAUCCUGAAGGUUGUCCUGCUGGUACAUACAAUGACGAGCCUGGAGCAUGGGACUGUAUAGACUGUCCCGUAGGAUACUACUGCUAUGGCAAUACCACUGACUACCAAGCUAAUGAAUGCCCAUCUGGAUACUAUUGUGAGCUGAACACUCCUGAUCCCUACGCCCAUCCUUGUCCACCCGGCACCUUCAACAACCUGACUGUACAGCACAGCCAAGCAGCAUGCGUGGACUGCUUGCCUGGAUGGUACUGCGCUGGCUAUGGAAACUCACAUCCUACAGACGAGUGUGAUGAAGGAUGGUACUGUAGUGGUGGAGCUAACGAGACUCAGCCAUCUACCAAUGGUGGAGAGUGUCAACCAGGCUAUUUCUGCCCUCUUGGCUCAGGAGCCCCAGUGCCCUGCACAGCCAGUCAAUACUGCGACCUCGCUGGUCUAGCCCUUCCUACCAACUCCUGUGACCCCGGCUACUACUGUCCUUCCGGGUCAUCUGACCCUCGCCAGCUGGACUGCACUGUCGGUCAUUACUGUCCAGAGGGCAGUAGUCUCCCGACACCGUGCUCCAACGGGACGUAUAAUCCGUCGUUGAACCAGGAUGAGGUCUCAGACUGCCUGCCAUGCCAAGGAGGGUAUUACUGUAACGAGACUGGUGCUAGUACGACUAGUGGCGAAUGUGCUGCAAGAUACUAUUGUCCACCUGGUCAGGUCACUCCUACUCCAGGAGAUUACCUCUGUCCUACCGGUCACUACUGUGUGGCAAACCUAGCCACACCCACCCGCUGCCAGGACGGCACUUAUCAGAAUGGGAUGGGCAAAGAUUCCUGCCUCACUUGUGAAGAAGGCUACUUCUGUGAUAACACCCUGUACGCUGUGAGUGACCUUUCCAAUGCUUCGUGUCCAGCUGGCUACUACUGUCCGGCAGGGACCAAGAGAGCCAAUGAGUUCCCCUGCCCGCCCGGGACCUACAACAACCUGACCAAUUCGAUCAACGAGUCUUCUUGCACCCAGUGUCUGGCUGGGUUCUUCUGUCAGACCCCAGGCUUGAGUGCCCCGGAGGGAGAGUGCUACCCAGGCUAUUACUGCUUAGCAGGGGAGGAUAACCCAACACCCAACCCUUGUCCCGAGGGUAACUACUGCCCCUCUGGUAGCUACAAGCCGACCCCCUGCCCAGCAGGGACCAUCUCCAGUGGCAUAGAGAACAUGAACGUGACGGACUGUGCGCCAUGUGACCCGGGCAGGUACUGCACAGCCAACAGCUCUAGCAAUGGUCAGACGCUGCCCUGUGAUCCUGGAUACAUCUGCACCGGGGGCUCCGACACACCAACCCCAGGGGACAUCUCCAUCGGUUACACCUGUCCUCAGGGCCAUUACUGCGAGACGGGCGCAACGAAAGAAAAGAGAUGUGACCAGGGAACCUACGCUCCAUCGGUCAACCUCGGAGCUUGCGAUGUCUGCCCAGAAGGAUCGAGCUGCCCUGAGACUGGUAUGAACUUCACCUUGUCCUGUCCUGAAGGGUAUUACUGUUUACCAGAGACCAGAGAUAAUGGAAUGCCAUGUCCUCUAGGUACCUUCAGCAAGGUCACGGGUCUCUUCAAUGAAAGCCAAUGCCAGGCCUGCUUGGCCGGGAUGCACUGCAACGAGACCGGUCUCUCCUGGCCCACUGGGUUCUGUGAAGCUGGUUUCCUCUGCAUCUCAGGAGCGAUGGAGUCAGCGCCGGACGAUGGAACCAAUGGACCUUGCCCUACAGGAGCGUACUGUGAAGAAGGUGUGACAUCUGAGGCUUUCUGCCCUCCUGGAACCUUCAACCCGACCCAAGGCGGUAAGAACAUCACCGACUGCCUGCCUUGCACCUCAGGCAAGUUCUGCGGAACCAGCGGCUUAUCGUCCCCCACGGGCUGGUGUCUCGAGAGGUACUACUGCCCUAGCGACGCUGAGGUGCAGGACGAUCGUCCAAGCGAGUUUGAGUGUCCGGCGGGACAUUACUGCCUGAAUGACACAGCGACACCAUAUGCCUGUGACCCUGGUACUUACCAACCCAACACAGCGUCCAUUGACUGCCUGGUCUGCCCCGAGAAAUUCUUCUGUCUUGUGAACUCCAGCCAACCUGAACCCUGCAGCCCCUAUUCAUACUGCCCUGAGGGUUCAACCGCACCUGUCAACUGCCCCAAUGGCACGUACACCAUGGAUAACGUGACUGGUCUGGCGUCAGCAGAUGAAUGCCAGCUCUGCCCUACAGGCUCCUACUGUCUUGGCGGUCGUAUAGCCGGCCCAUGUUCAGCAGGGUAUCUGUGUUACAGUGGAUCAGACACACCCACACCUGAUGGAAGCGAUCCCACCGUAGGAGAAAUCUGCCCCUUUGGCUUCUACUGUGAAGAAGGUGCAGCAAACGUGUCCGCGUGUGAGCCUGGUAAGGUCAUAGCUAAGGAAGGAGCAAUGAGCGUCCUUGAGUGUCAGCAGUGUCCUGCUGGGUAUAUCUGCUCAGUAGAUAACGUCCUGCCACAACCUUGUACACCAGGAUAUUACUGUGAGUUUGAUGAGGACAGAACGCCUUGUCCAAACACCACCUAUUCAUCAGAGUCUGGAGCCACUAACAGCAGUACAUGCAAGCCAUGCGUAGCUGGCUACUGGUGCAAUGAACCAGCUUUGACCAACUACACCAAAGUGCCUUGUCCGCUUGGUCACUACUGUCCGAUAGCAACAUAUGAGCCCAUCUCCUGCCCAGCAGGGACAUACAGGAGUGAAGUCAGUGCUGCAGAUGAGAUGGACUGUACCAUUUGCCCUCCAGGGUACUACUGCCCCAAUGACACGGCUAAUAUCUUUGAGAUUGAGUGUGAUGAGGGACAAUUCUGCCCCGAAGGCUCCUGGACACAAAGAGAUUGCCAACCAGGUUAUUACUGCAACCGUUCUAAGACCCAGGAGAAGUGUCCAGCUGGCUACUACUGUCCAGUGCAGUCACCGUACCCCAUCCAAUGUCCAGACGGUCACUACUGCGGAGAAGAGUGUGGCUACUUGAACGAUACAUCACCCUGCCCUGGUUCGAUCACACCCGUCAUCUGCCCUCUGGGUUACCGUGAGAAGGAAGGCUCAAGGCGCAGCACCUUCGAGAACACCUGCGAGAUCUGCCCGGCCGGUUACUACGGCAACAUGCCAGACCGUGCCAACUGCACCAUCUGCGCGGCGGGCGUGGUGUGCUUAGAGGGCGCAACCACCGACUACCCUCUGGACAACACCACCAUGCACGGCGUUAACUACACCAACUCCUUCCCGUGCCCCGUGGGGUACUACUGCCCGGAGGGUUCCUCGGCGGCGACAGCAUGUCCUGUAGGGACGUUCAGGAGCACGGAGUAUGCCGUUGCAAUGUCGGAUUGUCUGACCUGCGGUGUUGAUCACUUUAAUCAUUUGACUGGUCAGCAGGGAUGCUUCCAUUGUGGGAGUCAAGCAACGACGGAAGGAGCGGUUGGGUCGUCGGAGUGUACUUGCAACGGCGCUAAUCAGGAAUUCCAGUUCACUGACCGUAAGUGUAUCUGCCAGCACGGUUACACCCUGAAAGCCGACGGGAACACAGAGGCGUGCACCAAGAGUGUCUAUGAGCAGUGCGAUGAGGGCACCUACAGGAACCAACAGGGACAGUGCUGGACAGAAGAGCAGUGGCAAGAUUACUGCAGAAAUGAGCAAUGCCAGACACCUGAUGAUUACAUUGAUUUCAUCAAGGGGAACCCUAACGACUGCCAGUGCAUAACAGAAGACUUAGAGGAGGUUUGUAACCGAGAAUGCCAAGUUGCCCAGGAGAAUCGCAUCACUCUCGUCUGCUCCGACCCAGCAUACAUCAAAAUCACAGAUGCUAACGGAAACGAGACCAUGUUUGCAGCCGAUUCCCUGUCCAAGAUCAUCAACUCACGUAAUGCGCUGACCACUGACCAAUGUACCUCUCUGGACGGUCACACCCAGAAGAUCAACCUCAUCAUUUCUUACGAAUCUGGAUUCAACGGAGCAUACGAUCCUAAUCCCGACGACCUCACUGCUCUCCUCAUGGACAACUCCAAAGACGGACCCGUUGCUCGUCGACGACGAAGACGAUCGGUCGACUGGGGGGUCAACGGAACAAGGUUUGAUGGGCGUCGCCGCCUGAUGGCAACUGUGGAGGAUCCAUCGGGUGGGACGUAUACCGGUAUCACUAACCCAACGGUGUGCCUGAAAUACGGAGAGACCAUGCUGUUUACAGUGGAUAAUAACAAUUAUCCAGUUUAUGACAGGGAAAACCUGUACAACACCAAUGAGAAGUUUGACUAUGGUGGCUUCAGAGAGCUGGCUGAGCAGCAGAGUCAGGUCCAGACGACCACGACCCUCUUCGCCUACCAGUUUGUGGAUCCAGGAGUCUAUGUCUUCACACUCAGUAACAACACAGCCAAGAAGAUGUACAUCCGUGUGAUGGCUGAGAAUGCCCAAUGUUCUGAAGAAGGACCGUUCUUCCCCUCCACCCCUCGAUACAUCAUCCAGAAUGGUAUUGCCCUGGAGUCUGGCAUCCUUCUCGCUCCAGACUGGAUCACAAUUGGUCUCGUCCUGGGCCUCUCCGUAGUUCUAUCCAUCCUGCUUAUUAUCGCACUGAUGCUGUUCCGCAAGUACGGCUGGAACAAGCAGCGUUACGUCCGGCCCAAGUUCCGCAACCUGACGGCCCAGAAUAACCUGGAUGAUCUUGCAUCCAAGGGCUCUACUGUCCACCAUACCAAGAAGUACCAUCGGGCCUUGGAGGGGCAGAACAUGGAGGCAGAGGAGGGAGACGUUGUACCGGUUGAGGCCAUUGAGGUCAAGAGGGAUGACUUCUGGGACUACGACAAGCAGGUCGACCUUGAAGGAUUCACGACCACCGACUUCUACGACCACCUCUCACGACAAUCCCGCCAUGUGACCAGUGAGCUUGGACGACAGAAAGAUGAGGCCAAGGGUCUCUAUCAGCAGCUAGCAAACCAGGCUCAGUCACUCAAGGGAUUAUGGGUAGCGAAGCUGAACCUGAAGGGCAAGGCUGCCCUUGCUACAGAGGCUGAUCUGGCUGCUUAUGACUCCAAGAAAGAAGAGCUUGAGUUAGAGCUGGAACGUCGCCGUGAGCUUGGAAUGAGGAUGGAAACCUAUCUGAAGAGGCAAGCAGACAUCCUGACUGAUGAUGAAAGAUACAGAGAAGAACACCAGGUGUCUUUCUUGUCUGGUCUGAGUGAAGCAACCCGUCUGAUGAAUGAAUAUUCUGAGAAGCUCUCUGCAGGUGAUGAAUCCCUGGAGAGAGAGUUUGAUACCUCUAUGCAAAACUAUUGUGCACACAUGAACCAAGCGAUUCAUUUCUUUUCAUGUUUUUCUUUUCACAGCACAAUCCGCCGUGUUGGUGCCCUCCUUAGUCGCAUGUCACAGGAGGUAUCAGGGGAGUGCCAGAGGAUAGGAGCCUGGGGGGUGCUUGGUCAAGGUUCAGGGGGGCUGUUAGUCGCCCCUGGGACUCAAAAUACCCCUCUACCUAGAGAGGAGCUCUUUGGGGCCGAUGGUAAGCUGCAGCAGACGGAGGUAACCAAACGAGACCCGACCACCGGUCUAGUCGUCCCAGUUCAAGGAUCUAUGACAGUGACCGCCAGCGGAGAGGUCAUCAAUGUCCAAGCCAACAUGUUUGUCCAUCCUCAAACUGGCCGCGUCUUGCCGAUGAACGGUAACGUGUCCUACGACACGAUGACCUCCAGGUUGAUCGUCGUAACAGACACGUCAUCAACUGAGCUACCACGAUCAGACGAUGGUGUCCUACCCUACGUGCCCUACCCCGUCGACCUCAACUCAGGCCUCCCCGUCCAAUCGCUCAUCACUGAAGCAGAACACGCCGGUGACAUCAAGCUGGGCGGGGCCAUGUCCGACCCCGCCACCGGUCUCCAGUGCCCAAUUCUGGCAAUCACCAUACACCCCGAGACGGGCGUGGCCUACCCUCUCUGCGGCACCCACAUUGACCCUGUUACUGGACUACCACUCCCCAUCGAGAUCGGGUCACUCAUGGUUGAUCCAACCAGUGAUCAGCCGGUGCCAAUCUUGGAUGUUGUUAUUGAUACAGAGACAGGCGAUGUGAUACCCAUCGGGGGCGUCCGGCAGUCACAGACCGACGCCCAUGAUGCCUACAGCCCCAUGGUCAUGUCAGACAAGUUUGUGGAGCCCUUGAGCAUGCUGACGGCCCGUAUAGGGGGCGCUAGACUGGAGGGUGGGGAGGUGGUGCCUACCGGUGGAAGCUACCAGUCCCUCCUGGAUGCCAGCCUGAUGCUGUGUGAGAUCCGCGUCAUGGAGAGGAUGAAGAUAUACCUUGAUAACCUGAUGGGACCUGAUGGUGCCAACUGCCGCCACGAGCAGAAUCUUCUGGAGACAGCUGUGAAGGACAUGACAGCCAUCAGACAGCGCUCCAGGACACAGGUCAUCAGGGAUACACUGGACGUAGAGAGGAGGGCUGAGAGGGCUAACAUCCUGGCUGUUAGUGGUGGUACUCCUGGAAUGUAUGAGUUUGCUGAGACCGGUCAGCUCCUGCCAAUCCUGGUCGGCACCCUCAUGUCUGACCUAGCAGGGUCCGGUCAGAAGGUGCCCAUAUUAGGAGUAGGAAAGAACCCAGAGACAGGUCGUCUCAUGCCUCUCGGAGGAACCAUGGAAGACCACGAAGGAGAUGGUCUGGUACCAAUCAUGGUAGGUCAUAAGGCUGUUGACUCUGUGAGCGGGGACCUGAGCCCAGUGACAGGUGUACGCAUCAAUGCUGAGAACGGAACAGUGGUUCCUGUCACCCUCUCGAGCGGAGCUAAGAAGGCCAAGCCCCCUCUUGGAGCCGUUUCCAUGAUUGAAGAUGAGCUGGUUGCUAGGCGUGGCUUCUGGCGUCGUCAACGUCAACGUGAGGAAGAGAUGGUCACGGUAGAGUCUCAUCUCACCCAUCAACUCAUCCUAGAGAUUGAGAAUCUUGCACCAAACAAGGUUGAAGAGGCUCUAGAGACCCUUGCAGAGCAAGCCAAGACCAUAGAGGACUACCAACGUAGGGAGGUUGAGAGGAGGACUGAGGCUACAGAGGAGCUUGGUAACAUCCUACCAUCUUUCAUCAUGGCUAUCCUCUCACUGGGUGAUGAGCCGGAGAGAAUAGCUGCAGAGAAGCACAACGUUGCACACACCAAGUACAAUGACACUGUGCGUAAGUUCCAUAACAGACUUCAGGCUGAGGAGGCUAAAUACAAAGAGAGGAUGGAAGAAUUACAGGACGCCUUGAACCCUGAUGCCGAGGCCGGUGCUCUCCAUCGUUACCGCCAGGCCAAGGCUAGGCUCUUAUCGGACCUGAAGGACCAGCUUAUGAGCAGGACUGAGAACAUUGAUGAGGACCGGGCCUCAAUGGAGUAUGCAAGAGAGAGGAGUGAGCUGCUAACACUGGAGGCAAAGGCUCUCUUGACGAACACCAUCUACAUCGCCGGUACCUUUGAUGCAACCAUCACCGGUGUUUACGGCGAUACCACGGCAACGGAACAGUCCAGCCGAGAGGUGAUCCCGCUCCUCAAGCAGCUGAUUGCGAUGUUAGAACGAGGCUCAACAUUCAGCCUCUCUGCUGAGCUCAUACAAGGCUUGCAGGGCGGAGGAUCAACGUCGGUCACUGUGGGAGGUGCCAACAGCAUCAUCAACCGCAGCAUCACGCAGGGAGCUAGCUAUGGCGUCAACGUCACCCAGCAGCAAGGAUACGUACCACCAGGUCAACCUGGGGGCAGGAUGAAUGUCACUCUACUCCAAGCCGCUCCUGACUCCAGGCCUCAUACAGCAGCUGUGAGCUCUCAUGACAUCCGAAGCAAGCUGGUCGUUCAGGAUACCUUACAGUCGCUGACGGAGGAGAGCAAGACAGAGAUGGCUAAGACUCUGGUUGAGAGACAGACUCUGGAGUGUGUGAAGCUGGAAGAAGAGUUGAGAGGAGAAGAGAUGAAAUCUAUUAAUGCCAUCAUUAAGACUCACGAGGAGCAGAAAGAGGAGAAGAUAAAGAUCACGAAGGAGGAGCUCAGAGCUAAGCUCAAAGGCGCCAAGACGGAACAGGAGAAGGAGAAACUUCUGGAAGACUUCAUCUUGCAAUCGACCAAGGUGUCAUCUGGAAUUGAAGCUGAUAAACAGAAGCAGUUGGAGAGUCUGAGGAAGAAACUUGAUGAGAAGAGAUCUCGCAAGAAGAAGGACCUACACAGUAAACACCUCUUGGAAGCCAAGCAGGAGGGUUUGAGUGAGGACAUUGUUCCUGAGAUGACUCAAGAGGAUGAGGAUCACCAAGCCAAGCUUCAGAGACUUCUUAUGCUUCAACAGAACAAACUCAUUGCUGAACUUCAACAGUCUUAUCUUGAAGAUGAUCUCGAGAAUGAGGAGAAGAGGAACAAUGGAUUUGAUGAAGACAUGGAGGAAAGGAUGAGGAGGUUUAACCUGAGCAACAGACCAAAGAUGGCUGCCAUUGUAGAUAACAUGCAGUCGAAUGCUUCGACGAACACGAAGACCAACUCCAACAUGAAAGACAAGAUGAGGAAUAGAAUGAAAGGAAGACGAGCGACCAGGAGUGCCAAAGACCUCCUACCAGCUGGUCUGGACCCAGAAAGUACCAUUGCAUUGGAGUACCUUGCAGCUGAUGCAGCUCAAGAGGACACUGAUGGUACCCGUGGAAUCAGCGCAGCUAUGGAGGUCCUCACAGAUAUGGACAAGCAGAAACAACUCAAGGAUGUGGAGGAAGCCAUCCAGCAAAUUCUUGCUGAUGAGGCUGAUGAUCUGACCCAAGAGGAGAAAGAGAAGCUCCUAGAGGCGUACAGGGAGAUCAAGGAGAGCAGCCAGGAGAAGCUGGAUGAAUCCAGACAGGAUCAGAGAGAUCAUCUCAUGGCUAAGCUUGCUGCCAGGAAGAGACUGAAGGAAGAGGUUCUUAAGGAGGAAACGGUCGCAAAGGAACUGGAGCAUCUCAGCAAACAACAGGUCCUAAGGGGCAAUGAUGAAGGGCAAGACACUCUUACUGAUGUCCAUGACCGUGCCAACGAUGAGGAGGCAGCCUUCAAGAAAAACAAACUUCUGGAGAACCAGCAGCACCGGCAGGAGGCCCUUGAAAUCAGCCAGCAGAUGGAGCUUAAGCGCUCUACCAAGGAGCUGGCGGAGGAGAAGGCCCGUCUGGAGGGGGCCGUAGCGGGCCAGCUGGAGGAACAGAAGGGCGAGGUGCUGUCAAGGAAACAGCAGGCAUUUGAGAAGGAGAUGCUGCUGAAGGGAAAGCAACUCAACAAGGAUCAGUCCAAGGAGAUGAUUGAAAAACAUCAGAAAGAAAUGGAGCACCUUUCCCAGAGCAUGGACGAGGAGAAGAAUCGUCAGAGGGCGGCCAUCGCCGAGCGCAUCGCUAAGAGGAAAGAACAGAAGGGAGAGAGCUUGAAACAGAUGCACUCUGCUGAGAUGAAACAAGAACUACUCAAGCAGAGAGCUGAGAGGGAUGAGCUCGCUGACAAUCAGCACAAGAAUGUUGAGCGUGGUGCCCUGGUGGAUGCUCUCAACACUGAUAAGACUUCUAAGGCUGAGAAUGUCAUCUACAGAGUGCUCAGACAACGACAUAUCAAAGAACAGGUUCACCAGGAGGAGCAAAUGGAGCAGGAGAAGGAGGUUGAGAUGGCCCGCAUCAAGGCCAAGGCAACGGAGCAUCUCCAGAAGGAUCGGGAUGCCCUGGUAGAGGCCCAGCAGAAGGAGUUCCUGGAGCUGGUGGCCAACUCUGGCUCCAUGUCUCCUGGUGAGCUGGAGGACAAGAAGGAGGCUCUGCAGAGACAACAUAAGAAACAACUAGCCGAGUUUGACCGUGGGUCAGCCCAGAAGAUAGAUCAGGCCGUGAAGGACUGUCUCCCGGCCCUGGAGGUCAAGCAGGCCCAGGCUCGUCUGUCUCUCAGGGAGAAGCAGCUCCAGGAACUCGCUGAAGCCAUGAGGGAUCUCUCUCCAGAAGAGGCACUUGUCCAGCAGUAUACGGAGCUUGCCGAGAAGGCAGCAGCCGACGCCCAGAAGUUCCGAGAGACCAAGGUUGCUCAGAUGCAGGGAGAACUGGACAGCAUCAAGGCUGAGAAGAAGAGAAGGGAUGAUGCUCGUAAGGCAAAGAUGGAGCAGGAAGUUGCUGCCCUGGAGGCUGAGCUGGAGAACGACAGGAUCCGUGAGGAGGAGAGGGAGAGGAAGAGACAGCUGGAGAAGCAGAGAGCCAAGGAGCAGCAGAAGGAGGAGGCCGAGAGACGUCUCCAGCAGGAGCUCCAACACAGUGAGGGCAACGAGGCUGCCAAGGAGAAACUCCUCCAGGAGCACAACGAGAACAUGAAGCGGUUCGAGGGGAACUUCCAGAAGGACCAGCAGAGGAACGCUGAGAGGAUCAAGGCCAGACUGGAGGCUAGGAAGCAGAAGAAGCAGGAACAGGAGAUGGCAAGGAUCCAGGGAGACAUCAGGAACCAGACUGAUAUUGAUGAGAGGAGAACACAAGACCAGAUGAAUCUCAUUAAACAGAAAGGUGCUUCUGAGCUGAACCAGAACAGCGUGAACUCCUGGCGUCCUGAGAACCCCGGAGACUGGGCCCAGAGAAAAGAAGACGGUCUGGACGACAAGCCUGACCUCCCCGAGGGGGUCAACCAGGCCAUGUACUCCGCUCUCAUGGCGUCACCCUUCUUCACCGAUCUGAAAGAGAUUGAAGAGAUGCUCAAGGAUACGCUUGGAUUCAAGGAUGGCGUCAAAGGUGCUGUAAACGACCCAUUCAUCGACUUGAAGGAUGCACAAUGGAUUCUGGGAAGCGAGAUCACCCCGCUCGACAUCGACAGCAUCUCACCGAGCCAGUUCAUCGUCUACCGCUUCGGCGUCUUCGUCACUCGUCUCUUGCGCCUGACCCUGCGCAUGCCCGACGUCACGCUCCUCCUGGCAUCCUCACUCCCACAGAAUGACUACAAACGUAACAUGUUCAGGCAUUCGUUCUUCUACCAGCAUGCGAAGAAGAUCUUGUUUGUGCGCCACGAGAGGCUGGACUCGGUCGGCGAGUUCGUGAUGGUCAUCGUCCAUUGUCUGGCGCACAUCAAGGUCAACGACCUCACUGAUGAUACCAACCCGUACUUCCUACGAGAAUUCUUCAAGGGAAUGAAGAUGAUCUGCCAAGAUAUGUUCUUCUCAAGAGCAAAGGUCACACAGGGCUCUAGGGCUCUCGUCGGGGUGAUGUCGAAAGGAAAGCGCCCUCUGGAGGCCAUCUUCAAGCAGGGCAAGGGAGGUAACGAGAAGGCCGCUGUCGUCACGGAGCUCAUUGAUACACGAGUCAAGCAUACCGACAAGGAGGACUUUACUAAGGAGAACAUCAAGGAACGCAUCACUGAUGAACAGGCUGCAUCCUCCAAGGCAAGGCUGAGGGAAUACAUGGUGUCUCAUGGAGGAUUCAAGUCAACCUCAGACUUUGUGGAGACGAGACUCAAGGAACUCAGAGGCACCAAGACACCGGGAGAUGAAGGCAGAAGGCCUACCAUCCAUAUCACGGCGACAUCGAGUCUCCGCAGCCAACGAGAGCUCUUCGAACUCCAGAUCACCCAGACCAACACCCAGCUAGACCAACUCAACAGCCAACUCGCCAAGUCGAUGCAGGAUCUUCAGGACGCUAGAGAAGGCAUCAAGCGAGCGGAGGAGGAGCCUUCAGCAGCCGGCACAGCCCAGCACGGAGAAGGGGAGAAGUCGGCCGAGGUGCUUCGUAUGCAGGCAUCAGCACUGGAUAUGAAGAUUACCAACCUGACGAAGAAGGUCGAUCAGGUGGAGGCGGAGCUUGUGAAGAAACGCAAGGAGAGGGAUGCAGCUUCGUAGAUCAUCUAAAACAUCCAUCUCUAAAGCCCACACGUUGUUUAUUUAUGUAUGUAUGUAUGUAUGUAAAAGCCCAUGCUCAAAAGGCAAAAUAUAUACGCACAUGACUGAGCUUUGUUUUUAUAAUUCCUUCACAUACAUCUUUGAUCAGUUGUGGAAUGGCAAAAUUGAACUUUUGUAUGUUUCUCGAUCAAAAUUGCUUGGUGCCUUUUUGUUGUAAAUAUGAAUAAUUUGUGUGAAUCUCCCGUCCUUUUUAUAAAUUAUCACUCAAUGUGAGAAACAUGACGUCCAGAAAGUUUUCCUGUACUACAGAUUUUAUUGCGAACGAACAAAGAUUUUAAUGAUUAUUUUCAUGAACGAAGAAUAUAAUGAUCACAGAUUUGUACAUAUUUCUAAUUUUAUAUCGUAUUGUGUGUGUGUUUGUUGUGAAGUGCAGUUUCUAAAUAGACUAUUCUAUUUAUAUCUAUUUCAAUCAGUGUGAAAAUCAAUUAUGAAAUGUAUUUAGUCAAGUAAAAUUUAUACUUCAGAGCUUAAGGUGUUAUUAAAUAUAAUACGCAAAGCGUAGAUGGGAAUUGUGAGUAAGGAAAAUAAUGCUUCAAAAGAUUAGAUUUUCAGUUGUAGUCUGUAAAAGUGCAUAAGUUUGGUCGAACACAAAGAUUAUGGCGCACUUCACAUGAUGGAAUAUCUACCUGUAUAUUUAUAUUUGAAGAAUUCAAUCUCUCAAUUUUAGCAAUAGAUGAACAGAUUUUUGUGUGUGUGUUUAGUAAUUAGUGUUUAUUUGCAAAUAUCUUGGAAAUGUAUGAUCUUUUCAGUGUCAGAAGGAUGCUUAAGUAUGCAAGUUAAUACUCUUAUGGCAGACAAUAUGUAGAUUUAACCUUAUUUGGUUUGGUUAGAUUUUGUAUUUUAUUAAAUGCUAUUCACCAAAUGCCCUCAUAUUCCGUCCGAAUAGUGUUUUCAGUUUUAGUUCAGAAAAAAAGGGAGAAAAAUCAUUUUUGAUAUGAUUAUAAUGUCAAAUCAUGAGAUCAAAUAAUUGAGAGAGAUGUGUAACAAAAU